AUGAGGGAGCGAAGGCAGACUGGUUGUACUGGCAACAGCGAUGUGGCCAGUGAGGCACGAAGACGCCAGGAAGAUGAACGGCUGGUGCUGCAGUCGAUCUAUGGCGAUGACUUGGUCGAUGCUAUGCCAAAUGCCUGGAAGAUAUGGCGGCCGCUUGAUCUCAUAUUGCAUCUGAAGCCAGUUGGAUCAGCCAGCGUUACGAGCGGAAAAAUAUACGUUUCACUGGACCUUCACGUGAAAUGUCCAGCCACCUAUCCGUUAUCAGGAACUCCGUUGUUACUACUGGAAAAUGUGAAAGGCGUUGCACGAAAAGAUGUUGAAAAGCUGAAACAGACACUGGACAACAAAGCGAUGAUGCUUAGUGGCAAUGAAAUUAUCCUGGAGCUUUGCCAGAUAGUUCAGGAAUUUUUGUACGAACGAAAUAAACCUCCGGAAGGAUCAUUUUUCGAUGGUAUGUUGCAGUUGCAAGCAGCUUCUGAACAUGAACGCAAGAGACAACGCGUGAAGUCGGAGCAGAGGGCAGUGGAAGAUGUUAUAGAAUUCCAGAAGAAGCAAGAAGAGAACUUGAUGUGGAGGAAAGUGGAGGAGAGCCCAGCAGCUGUGACAGCUUCGUCGUCUUUGGAUGACGCCGCCUGUCCCCGAAUAUUCCUUCUUCCACAAACGUUGAAUUUUGAAAAGGGUUGCGGCUUUUUCUUUGGUCUCCAGGAUCGUGAACUUUUCAUCUCUGAAUGGACUUUUAUUGCAUCAGCAAAAAGUGCGCUGCAUUCUUUCAAAGCUUUCAUUGCAAGCCUGAAUGAGCUGGAGGCAAAAAUGCGACUUAUCUCACAAAUUACGAUUUCUCAACCAGCGUUAUAUUCGUACGAAUUACUUUCUGUGCAGAGGAACAAGUUAACCCCUUCAGAAGUGAAUGUUCGGAUUAUUUUUGGCCAAAAUAUCAAUGCAAGUGAUAAAAAUUUGCCAUCCCAAAUUGAUAUAUUUGAGACAGAUAUGAUGCUCCUGGUUCGCCUAGCUACCCAGCUUUUGAACGGCCUUCAAUUGUUGCACGACAACAGCAUUGCCCAUCUGAGCCUGGAUCUUCGCUCUGUGUGGCUUACAACCAAACGAAACUUUCGUCUUUCUGAUUAUUUUUUAAGGUAG